CUGCACCUGCAACUCACCACCAGACUCCAUUCGCCGAGCAGCGGCUUGCCAAAGCUUCAACACCUCGCCACCAGACUCCGAGAUACCCCGGCCGAGCCGACCGGCGCCGACGAACGGCAGCUAGCUAGCUGGUCAUGGAGGUUGAGGCGUUUCCGAUAGGGUUCACCAAGGGCAUCCGCUCCCACUGGCGCCGCCGCAAGUACCAGCGCCUCGAGAACGGCGAAGGCAGGUCGACCAGAGGCAACACCCAGCGCCUCGGCGGCGGCGCGCGGCGAGGCAGCGGCGGGUGGCGCGUGCGUCUGCGGGGGCUACUCGUCCGCCGGGUACGCGUCGUCCGCGCGGUCGUCGCGUUGCCCGGGCGGCUUCUGUGCCGGCUGCGGGACGCGUACGUGGGCGGCAUGCUGACGGUGGCCAGGAAGGCGGCGGUCACGGCGAUGCCCAGCGACGGGAUGUGGACCAAGCGUGUGCCAAGACGGAAGCACCAGAAGCUGCUGCUCCCCGGGGCGGCGGCGGCGCAACAGGGCGCGUCGGAGUUCGAGAAGCGGCUGGUGAUGGAGAUAUACAAGUCCAUCGUCGCCUCCAAGGAGCUCACCACCAUGCUCCACUCCUCCGCCACAACCGCGUCGUCAUCAACCUAGCUAGCUAGCUGUGCAUGUUGAUCUGAAGCGAGGUUUUCAAGUUCGUUUGCUCGCUUCCCUUUUUGAUUAUUGCUGCUACAAAUUACUCAGUGGAGUAGUAAGCAGUCGUCCACAGAGUGCUAUGUGUUCGUCCCAUGUAAAGCUGUAAGAACGAGAGAAAUCCCAACCUGUUCAAAGUAGUACCAAGGUAUCCCAAGUUUCAAAUGCCUCCACCAUUUGGUCGUGUGCACGUUACUGUCAAGGUAAUCUUUUCCA